AUGACUUUGGAACAGCGCCUGUGCCUGUCCUUUUUACAAUGCGAUACUGAGCUCAUCCGUGACAAGUAUGGAGAUGGUUCGACAGCCUCUGUAGUGAUUGUGCAGUCCAAAGGUGCAUUCUGGGAGGCCAAGGAUGACUUGGAUUUGAUUCUAGCUCAUGUGGGCGAUACACGAGUCUUACUCUGCGAAGCGCCUCGUGGAGAGAGUAUCCAGUUAACAACGGAUCAUCAUCCAGAUGCUGUAAUGGAAGUUGAACGUAUCCGCAAGAUGGCUGCCUAUGUCAGUGCAGAUUCGUUUGGUGAAAAUAUGUUUCUGGGCCAAUUGGCCAAUACACGUGCUUUGGGCGAUAUUGCCAUGAAACCCUUCGGAGUCUCUGCAGAGCCCGAGCUAAUCCGUCGAACCGUCAAGGCCAAUGAAGCUGCCUUCUUAGUCCUCAUCUCUGACGGAAUUUCUAGCGUCAUGAGUAAUCAAGAAGUAGUCGACUGUGUCAAGCUUGAAAGCAACCCUACACAGGCAGCAGCUAAUGUGUUAAACUUGGCUGAGCAAUUAGGGGCAGAAGAUAACUGUACAGUCAUGGUCGUCAAGUUACCAGCUUGGGGCACUAAAAUGCCUGAUCUUUCCAAAGAGUUGAGGGAGUAUCGAUGGCAAAGUGAGGCGCAACAAUCAAGAGCAAGGAGGCGCUAG